AUGCCACGCCUAGACGAAAACACGCAGCAAUAUCUCCGCGAUGCCGAGCAAGGCGUGCGCCGCCGCACUGCCAGCGCCUGGGACAGCUUCACCAACUUCGCGCUGCGCGACAACGUGCUCGAAGUAGCCGUCGGCCUAAUAAUAGCAGCAGCAUUUAGCGCCUGCGCCAACUCGCUCGUCACCGACAUCAUCCUGCCCCUCAUCUCACUCCUGCCCUUCCUCGCGCGCAACCUCGACGAGAAAUUCGCGACGCUCAAGCACGGCCCGCACUACAACGCGACGAUCGCGAACGGGUACAAUACCAAGGCGCAGGCGCUCGAUGAUGGCGCGGUGGUGUUCGCGUAUGGCAGCUUUCUGGAUCGGCUGGUGCGGUUCUUGUGUAUUGCGGUCGCGCUGUGGGUUAUUGCCUUGGUGUACUCGCGCACGACGGAUGAUAAUAUCGUGAAGAAGCAGGUCAAG